AUGCCACCUAGUGGGUGGUAUAAAUGGAGGGAUAUUAUUCCCAUUGAUGGCAAUCCCAUCUCUGAACUCUCAGCCCCCUUUACUACCUCCCACAACCCAUUCUCUGAAUCCAAGAACUUAACUACCGGAUUGGAAAAUGGCAAAAUCAGACCUUGCCCGUCUAUUAAUCCGGGUUGUGUAUCUACUAAUCCCCAGUCGUCAUCUUUCGCAUUCCCAUGGGUGAUUCCUGAGAAUUAUUCAGAUAAUGCAAUUCAGAAACUGCAGGAAGCAAUUCUGAAAACACAGAAAAAUGCCAAGAUUCAGCUAGUCGAAGACACACCAGAUGGCCAAUAUCUGCAAGCUGAGGUUGAUGGAGGAUUUGGCCGAGACGUGCUAGAAUUUUUGGUGAAAAGAGACGUGGUCACAUAUAGAUCUAUGGCCACCAAAGUAACCUAUGUGUACCCCUUCACCACAGCUUUGGGGGAUUCAAAGGGACAAGAAGAAAGAAUGAAGAAGAUCGUCGACCAGUUAGAGUGGUAUGCUCCAAGUUUUGAUUCGAUGGAUUAG